CAUUGGCUUCCGCUGUUAUGAAUGCUCAGCGGCCGUCAGGUGCGCCAGGGGAUCAUCCGCACUAUUUUGUACCAAAGAUUUUUCUGCAAUUUAUACACGUAAUGAUUGAAAAUUGAUUUCGCUUUGAAAGGCAAUGGGUUGUGUAUUUUGCUCUAGAAAUAACGUUCCUGUCGCUUUAAAGCUCCAGACAAAACGACUCAUAUGAUUUUGGACCUCCAAUCAACUCUCUCGUCUGUGAGAGUGCGAACCUUUCUGCACGCGGACAUGGCGAAGCAGGACAGAUGUCUACACAGAAGGGAUAUAAAUAACAGCUGUUUUUAUGAAGACGAAACAUUGAAAUGCUGAGGAGGAUAACCGAUGCUCCUUCGAGGCAGAGACCACUGAAUCACCAUGGUACUCAUAGUGGAGCAAACUGCUGAUCACCCAUCUCCAGAGUUCUCCCUGGUUGAGGAUGUGACCCUUCACUGCACCUUUUUGAUGGACAGACUGAACAAGCAGCGUCUGUUCCAGCCAGAUCUAUGUGACGUGGACAUCGUACUCCUGCAUCACCAGACGUCAUUCCGUGCUCAUAAGGGUGUGCUAGCAGCGUACAGCCCGUUCUUCCACUCGCUCUUUGCAUCGAGUAAGGAGCUGCAGCGAGUGGAGCUCUCUCUGGAGGCUCUUAGACCUCAAGGCCUGCAGCAAAUUCUGGACUUCAUCUACACCUCCAAGCUACUGGUCACCAGCUGCAAUGGCCAGGACGUGCUCAAAGCUGCCACUGUACUCCAGAUGAGCAACAUUGCCAGUUCCUGUAGUGAGCUUAUUAACAGAGGCUCGCUGGAUAUCAGAUCUUCUGUUGCCCAGCCGGAUGUCAGUGCUCAGAGCUGGUGUAAUAGCAACUCUGUAAAAUCCAACUUUCACAUGGAAAUCAAGCAAGAAAAUGACCCAACCUGUGCCAAAAUCUAUGUAGGGAAAAGUCAAGGUGGCUCAUAUGCUGUUCAAGUAGGAGAUAUAGGUUUGUUUAAAGUAGAAGGUGCAACCGGAACUUUGAAAGACUCAGAGGAUCUUGAUUCGUUUAAUAGAGAGCAAAUUAUUGUCGAGCUCAAUUUGAACAACCAGACCCUUAACGUGUCCAAAGGUUCAGAGGAUGGAUCUCCCAAAACACCCCCCUCACAACAGCAGGAUCAGGGAAUGAGGAAUGAUGAAUCAAGAGCUAAUGUGACUAUUGAGGAGGAUGGAGAGCCAAGUGAAGAAGGCACCAGUGAAGAGGAAGGCAACACAACUCAUUGUGACCACACGUUACCUGUAUUCAUGUCCCUACAGCAAACUCAGACCUCUGCUGAUGCAGGUGUGAUGGCCUCCAAGAAAGCCAAUAAAGGAUUGAGGCAGGUGAAGGGUCAUAGCAGGAGCGGUGAGGAACGUGAAGACCUGGAACAAAAGGAUAGAAUGGAGACUCAGAGUUUUUCUUGUGUAAGGUGCCCCAAGAUCUUCAACAACCGCUGGGUGCUGGAGAAACACACGAAUAUGACACAUAACCGCAUGCAGGUGUGUGAUAAGUGUGGCAAGCGCUUCCUCUUGGAGAGCGAGUUAUUGUUACAUCACCAGACUGACUGUGAAAAAACAAUACAGUGUCUGACUUGUGGAAAAGCCUUCAGGAAGCUCUGGUCCCUCCAUGAGCACAAUAAGAUUGUUCAUGGCUAUGCUGACAAAAAGUACACUUGUGAGAUCUGUGAGAAGAAAUUCUACACAAUGGCUCAUGUACGCAAACACAUGGUUGCCCACACAAAGGAGAUGCCGUUUACCUGUGAGACAUGUGGAAAGUCUUUUAAAAGGAGCAUGUCACUUAAAGUCCACUCUCUACAACACUCAGGAGAGAAGCCGUUCCAGUGUGAGGUCUGCAGUCAAUGUUUUCAAUACAAGUAUCAGCUACGUUCUCACAUGAGCAUCCACAUCGGACACAAGCAGUUUAUGUGUCAGUGGUGUGGGAAGGACUUCAACAUGAAACAGUAUUUUGAUGAACACAUGAAGACACACACAGGAGAGAAACCGUACAUAUGUGAGAUCUGUGGAAAGAGCUUUACAAGUCGACCCAAUAUGAAGCGUCAUCGUCGCACGCACACUGGAGAGAAGCCUUACCCCUGUGAAGUGUGCGGUCAGCGGUUCCGCUUCUCAAACAUGCUGAAAGCUCACAGAGAGAAGUGUUCGCAGGUCAGGAAUCCUCUGACAUUUGAGGUCUUUCAGAAUGUAACUCAUCCACUAUAACAAAUCAAAUGGAAGCAGCUAGAAAUCGAGAACUUCCAGUCAGGAUGGAAACACAGAGAUGUUGGAUCGGGAUCACAUCUGGAUGGUGUGUAGUCACUUUCCCAUCACGUUCACAGCUUACGCCACUCUUAUCUGCUGUAAGGACAGACUCCAGGAACCUGUAACUAAUGCUCUGUGAUAUAUUGUUUUGUUUAUAUAGAGAUGUAUUAUGUAGCAAAAGCUUUUUUUUUACUUUUGUUAUGUAGUUUUUUCUUGUUUUAAUAUUCCGUGCAUUUCCACAUUAAAUGCCACUGAAUAAGCUUAGUGCUAUGUUAAAACCUAGUUAAACAAGAAAUAUUGUAGCUUUAGCCCAUAUAUAGUAUACAGUAUACUACGUAUACUAAACAGUACAGAUGUUUUUGUGCACAGCAGUGUAUGUUUUUGUGCACAGUAGUAUAAACAGAUAUGAUUAUAGAGCUUUCAGUUUAUACUUUGUCUUUACAUUUUAUUGGUCUUAUGCUUUAAAUGUAUUGUUUGUUUUCGGGGUAAAGAUUUGAGCACUGCAAAAAAUGACUUUCUUAGUCUUUUUUUCUUGUUUUCCA